GCAAAUCUAAUCCACUUUCCAUCGAAAGAUGACACUCCCUUUAUCCAGAACCAUUCUUCAUUUCCGACACGUAUUGUUGGUGCUGUCGGUGGCGAUGCCAAUGCUGUCAACUUGUUCAUCUCAAGAUUCCAAAUGUGAAUUUAAAGCAAUCUUCAACUUCGGCGACUCAAAUUCCGACACAGGCGGGUUUUGGGCUGCUUUCCCGGCACAGUCAGGACCUUUCGGCAUCACCUUCUUCAAGAAACCAACCGGUCGUGCCACUGAUGGCAGAGUCAUACUCGAUUUCUUGGCACAAGCUCUGGGAUUAUCAUUUAUUAGUCCGUACUUGCAGUCGAUAGGAUCUGAUUACCGGCAUGGAGCUAACUUCGCAACGCUGGCUUCCACUGUGCUUUUGCCCAACACUUCAUUAUUUGUUACCGGCAUCAGUCCUUUUUCUUUGGCCAUUCAGCUUAAUCAAAUGAAGGAAUUCAAGGCCAAAGUUGUCGAAUAUCAUUCGACGAAUCAAAAAGGAUUAACGAAGCUGCCUUCACCAGCUAUCUUUGGGAAAUCACUCUACACCUUUUACAUUGGUCAGAAUGAUUUUACUUCAAAUUUGAAGGCCAAUGGUAUCGAGGGAGUGAAGCAAUAUCUUCCCCAAGUGGUUUCCCAAAUUGCUGGCACUAUCAAGGAGCUAUAUGGUCUAGGUGGGCGUACAUUUUUUGUUCUAAAUCUUGCACCGGUCGGUUGUUAUCCGGCAUUAUUAGUGCAGCUGCCUCACGAUACUUCGGACUUGGAUGAAUUCGGUUGCCUUAUCUCUUACAACAAUGCCGUGGUCGAUUAUAAUAGCAUGUUAAAAGAGGCACUAAGCCGAACCAGACGAGAUCUUCCCGAUGCUUCUUUGAUACAUGUGGACACUCAUGCUGUACUUCUACAGCUUUUCCAGGAUCCCACAUCCCAUGGUCUUAGAUAUGGCACCAGAGCUUGUUGUGGAUAUGGUGGUGGGAAAUAUAAUUUUCACCCAGAGGUUUAUUGUGGGAAUAGCAAGGUGAUGAAUGGAAGCAAAGUUACAGCAAUGGCUUGUAAAGACCCCAACAACUAUGUUAGCUGGGAUGGGAUACAUGCGACUGAAGCAGCCAAUAAACUCACAACGUUGGCCAUUCUCAACGGCUCCUACUUUGAUCCUCCUUUUCCUCUUCACAGCCUCUGUUAUCUCCAUCCUAUAGGUUGAUAAAUGCAGAAAGAAAACUCUGCUGUUGCUUUUGUUUAAUUGCAAACUCAGAGAUG